UUAGAUUAGACAGCACCUAAAAAGCCCCCGAUUGAGCAAUGUUCAUCCCCACGCAUACAUUACUGCGUCAUCAAACCACUUCCAGAUGCAAAACCUGGUUGUGUCACAGCUAAUUCACGCUCACAAGACUCCUGCAUGUCAAAAGUUCAGAUUUUUUAAAAGGCUCUGGCGAUGCUAACGCGCCUGCCUUACCUCUGUCUAACUGCGCGAGCGUAAAAGUUUCAUUGUGAAACGCAUUUCCUGUGACCCUGCCAGCUUCCUGUGAAAAUGCCCACAUGAAAAUAUUUCAGCAGCAGACACACGUGAUUUGAGAACCUGCAAUAACUACAAACGUCACAAGUACUUUUUAAGUCAUUGACACACUUUGAUGCAAAUAAUACCUUAAAUUGUAAUUUGCAGAUCUAAACCACUUAAGCAUUGUGAAGAUCAGCAGCUGUUUCUGACACUUUUCCCUUUUUUUAUUGCAAACUGAGCAACCACGUCUUUUUCUCUUUGCACUUCAGAUCUCUUUUUUAAAAAUGAAACUUUUAAUGUUUGAAUAAAGAAUUUAUUUGAUUUAUGUGAUGAAUGAGAUGCUCUGUAGAGGGUGCUGUGGGGAAAUGUGACAAAGGAUUUUUUUUUCAUAUAAGCAUCAAACAUCUUUUAAAUUGAUUUAAUUCAAGUGACUCAAUUGCAUCUCAUUGAACUCCCACAGAAGUGAAGCAUGACUUUUUUCUUUUUUAAUUAUUGUCGAUAUAACUAUCUGAUUUUUGAAUUUGACCCACAGAUUUGUCUUAAGGCUUUUGGACAAUGUCCAGACAUGUCUGUGCAUGAAACAAGCACAAGAGGGCAUUUUCCAUCUUACUUAAAAGCAAGAAUAAAAAGAGAAGAAAAAAAUGCACAUCUCAAAGAGAGGAAGAAAUUCUGGGAAAUUUUGCCGCCUCACAAAGACCACGUCAUUUCCUCCUAUGACAAAUGUGUGUGGUUUUAAAGAAGUUUUUAAAGGAGUGUGAUUAUGAUAAGUCUGCAAUUCGCCCGUGAGAUCGAGGGAAGAAUGAAUGGUCAUGUGGAGAAUAUGCAUUUUAAACAAUCUAUAGCAACGUUACUCUCUUUCCUGCUGCUGAUGGGUGUUCAUUCAACAAGAACGGUGGGAGCAAGCAGAAAUCCAGCAUGUAAGACCUCUCUGCAGCGGACUUUCAGACUUGCUAAACUUGUCCAGUUUGAAGCAAGCAAUGUCUUCAAAACAUAUAAAGAAUCUCAAGGAGAAGGGUCUGAAUUCCUGUGCAAAGCACCGGUCAACAACAUCCCUGACCCCAACAUCCACGGCUUGGAGGCCUCAGAGAGAAUAUCCAGCAUUUACACACAACUACAGUCCUUUAUCCCUCAUUUAAAAAGAGUCUACGAACAGCAGAAGGACUUACAGCUGCCCUCUAGCCCCCUGCUGUCCAAGCUCUUGGGCGUCAGCGACAAAAGCUGGGAUCUAACUCUUACCAUCAAUGACUUCUACUGCCACGCCUUCCCAAACCUGCCUCCACUGGAGCCGGCAGGUGGGCCGACAACACUACCCCCACCUUUGAACGUCUUCCAGCAGAAGGUCUACGGCUGCGUGGUUUUGAAGACUUACAAGGAAUUCCUGACAAACGUUUCCAAAGAGUUUAAGAGUUUCAAAGGCAAAGUCUGUAGAAGAAGGAUGAGGAAAAACGCAAUGUUCUGAAAAACGACAACCUGCUUACCAACAGCACUUUACACACUUGGCUAAUAAGGAAUUAAGAAGGGAUCAUGAAGAUGGCUGGUACAUCAGUAUUAUGGAGAAUAUUUAUAAUAUUUAUUAUUUAUUUGCUUGAAUAUGUCACACAAAGGCAGACAGAAAUGUAAAACUUUGCUUUCCUCUGAUUCCUCUUUAUGGCUGUGUGACUAACAGAAACACUGUAAAUAAAUAUAUAUAUAGUUAUUUAAGAGACUUUGUUGUUAAGGCUUUAUUUUGAAAUAAAAAUGCAUUUUUG